UCCAAUCAAAACGCAUAAAGUAUGUUAUUUUUGCAAAAAUAUUUUGUACCUUUUUUAAGUUACUCAGUUCUUGUUGAAGCAUUAGCAAAAGAAAAAAUACGAAAAAUGUCAAUUUGCAGCACAUAACAAAUUUUCCCAGAAUGACAAACUGAAUCAAUCCUAUUCUUAUGCACUCAACCAAUUGAAGCCAUAGAUGAACGAUCUAAAGAGCAAAAAUGUUAAAAACUGUCAGAAAUCAGAAUUAGUUCAUAUUCUGCUGGUUAAACUUUUUCACUGCAUCACUUUUUAGAUUUGAUCUGAAAACUCCAGUGGCAGAAGAGCCCAAGUUCAUUGUGUUUUGCAGUAUGCUGAUGCAACUAUUUUCAAUGUUCUGCUUCAAGUGCAAAGUUGGCAAACCUGAUGUUGAAUUGGUCAAAAAUGGCACCAUGAUAACUGUAAAUCAAAACUGUGAUCAAUGUGGAAAGAAGUCCUUUACUUGGCAAUCACAGCCAUUCAUGCUUGGACGUUAUCCCGCAGGAAAUGUUCUGCUCAGUUUUGGCAUACUAACUGCUGGUGCCUCGAUAAGCAAAAUCCUUCUGCUAUUUAAGCAUAUGGGAUUAGCAGCCUACAAAGCAAGGACCUACUUUCUGCAUCAGCGCGAAUUUCUGUUUCCUUCUGUCCUACAUCAUUGGGCAAAUUACAAAACGCUCUUGACAGAAGAGAUGAAAUGCAAAAAGGAAGUGACAAUUUGUGGUGAUGCACGUUUUGAUUCAAUGGGGCACUCAGCAAAAUAUGGUGCUUACACAAUUUUCUGCACGAAUUUGAAAAAGAUUGUUGACUUUGAACUUGUUCAGGCUAACGAAACAAAAGGAAAUUCUUCCCAACAAAUGGAAUUACUUGGACUUCAAAGGUCAAUCCAGAAAUGCAUUGAUUCUGAGGUUCCUGUGUCGCAGUUUGUGUCAGAUAGACACAGAGGUGUUGCUAAAUGGUUAAGAGAGGAACAUCCGGCUAUUAAGCAUUAUUUUGAUAUCUGGCAUAUUGCCAGGACUCUAACAAAAAAGUUAAUAAAGGCUGGGAAUGAAAAUAACUGCCAAAUUAUUAACAAAUGGACUGCAACCAUUCGUAACCAUUUAUACUGGUGUGCAACAUCAUCAAAACAAGGUUUUAGCCAAUUGAUCAUUGCAAAGUGGAAAUCGAUAAUUAACCACAUACAAGACAUACACACUCACGAGGAUCCAUUAUUCAAUACCUGCAUCCACCAAACAUUCGAUCAAAAAAGGAAAUGGAUUAAAAAUGGAACUACUGCAUUUGACAAAUUGAAACCUAUACUGCUUGACACUAGACUUCUAAAUGAUAUAAGAAGUAUUUCAAGUGAUGCUCAAACAAGUUGUUUGGAAGCCUUUCAUGCCACACUCAAUCAUUGGCACCCUAAAAUGAUUCAUUACCAUUGGCUUGGAACCAAAUGCAGACACAUACUCGAAAUUUGUCAUUUUAAUGAGAAUCUGUCAAGAGAGACCAUGAAAACUGAUGAUGGGCAGGACAUACUGGGAGUUUCGUUUCCCAAAUACAAGCUUGGAGAAGAAGUUGUUAAACCAGUCCCUGUUCCACCUACAUAUGACUACGUCAGAACCCUUCGCCAGAUCUUGGUUUCAAUUUCAAAAGAAGAAAUGACCACUAUCUUGGCACAACAUACCUCAAUUGCACCUAAGCCACUGAACUCUCAAUUCGAGAGUCGUAUUUCGAAGGAAGAGGCAAAGGAGAAGUUCAGGAAAAGAUCCUUUGUGAUUACAACAUUGAAUCCACCAGCUCAACAGCAAAAGACCAUGAUGGAGCAGGAGGCAAAAAAGGCCAGAGGAACAGAGAAGAAGAAAACCAGAAAAACUGGUCACUGUAGAACAUGUGGAGAAACUAUGCUUGGGCACUCUAAGCAAAAGUGUGUCAGCAAAUAAUUCAGUCUAAAUAUAUAUAUAUACAAACAAUUAUUAUGUUAAUUUUUGAAAUAAAGUACUAAUUCAUAUUAAUCCAUGUUCACAUUACAUAUUUAAAUUUUGAAAAUGAACAUGCUAAGAGUAACAUAUUAUAUAAGCACUGAUUACAAACUAUUACAUAUAGGCAUAAUGUUACAUCAAUUUUCAAUACAUAAACAUAUAUAUUUUAUUCAGAACAUUAACAGAAUUUUAAAAGAAACCAGGCAAUAACCUCCUUUGUUAAAAGGAUGUAAAGAGAUUCUAGAAUACAGCAAAAAAUAUAAAGAAUAUUUUUGUUUGUAACAAUUCAGUGGAAAUUACCUGUUAAUAAUCAUACAAAAAAUUUAUAUUUUCUACAAGUUUUCAAGCAAUUAUUUUGAAAAACAUCAAGCAAAGGUUUCUUUAAAAAUAGGUGUGACCAACCAUAAAAAGUGCUGGAUACAAAGGGAGUUAUUCUCUUUGGGCAGAAUCUUUGUAGCCAGUUUUUUUAUUGUUGGUGUUAUAUUUUUCCCUAAUAAAAUUGUAUAUACAUGCAGUUAUUGGUCUUGCUGUGUCCCAACCAAGGUAUCCAAAGAUCCACCUCACCAGAUUUCUGUAAGCAACUGCACGCAGAUAUCUGCAAAAAGUGCACUUUGUUACUAAGCAGACAGCAAAAUGUCUUUCAACUAGUUUUGAGUAGUUUUUUCUGGUAAUUUUUUAAAAUUUAAUUUUUUAAAAUUUGAUUAUAUAAUGUGAAAUAAUCAGUUGUCCUUUAAAAAUAAAAUGUGUAGGAUGAAAAGAUUUUGAAUAGCUAAGUCUUGCUUCAACAAACUUUAACCCUAUAAAUUUAAAAAUACUUACUCAUUCUCAGAUACACCAGCAUGUUUUUUAUAUGGCUUUCCAUUUUUUUGCUUUAAAAGUGGACCAACAAUUUUUAACACUUCUUUUUUAAGUUCUUAGCUGCAUUACAGAAGUCUUCGUGUUCUGUAAUGCAGCUAAGACUGUCGGAAAGUCCAUCAAAAACCACUUUUCCAUAGGCUGCAUGGACCUUUCGGCAACAACGAUACUCCCUAGCACUAACUAGUCUUCCAACACUGCAUUUGUUGCAAGCACCUUAAUGAAAAUGCUAUGAUGAUUACUUAUCAAAAAUAGAAAGAGAAUAAUAAACAUUGCAUUUCCAAAUUCUGUUAUGUAGCUUGUAAAUAAUGCUAAAUUACAAUAAAAACCUGAAAAUAAGAAACACCAGGAAGAGUCCAAGUUGUUUCUUUUUUUGGGCCCACACUCUUCUAGCCUACUUCGCCAGGGUGCAUUCUUAAGUGCAUUCCUAAGUGCCCAAAGAUUUUCGGCGUACAGUCAGGUUUUUAUUCGGCGUUCAGCGUGCAAACCAAUAAAAAAAUUGUUUGCGUACUAAAAAGUUUCGUUAAUUGGCAUGCUAAACAUGAAGCCAUGUACAUAGUUAACGACUCCUACACCACAGUUUUCUCUAAUAAUCAGUUGUCUAUGCCUGGCGCAACAAUGUUUGUUGUUUUACUAACUGCCUUUAUAUUUUCGGCGUACCUAAACAAAUGCCCCGGUGGACCUUCGGCGUACAGUUGACAUAGAAUGCACCCUACUUUGUAAACUUUGAAAAUAUACAUACGAUUGGCAAUCCAGUACUGCUUAUCAGCCUACCUUGUUAUAUCAUUACUACUGCAAGAUACUGCUGUAAGAAGCACUACUAACUUACUAACAACUAGUACGUGAAAUGCGUAAAGGGGUCUGUACUUUUCAAAUUAGAGAGAUCGCAGUCGGUGGGCGAUAGUAAAACAAGUGCUUUUGACACUCGUUUUCCGAUCCGAAGCUAUUCUCGUCCUUAUGUGUGUUGUCGAAAGAAAAUAAUAUAAAUUGGCUCUGAAAUGAUAGUUUGAUAGAAAUAUUAACUUACCAUUCAUUUAAAGCAACAUUCCUUUCAAAACGAUCACAAAGUUGCGACGGCCUAAUGCUAUCUUCGUCCUCGGCCUGAUCAGUCCCCUGAUCAUCAGCUCCUUCAGAUUCAUCGCUAUUGUCUGAGGCCAAAGGCUUGUACUGAUAUGGCAUGAAAACAGCGCCAUAAACCUUUGCAAAUCCUUCUUCGUCGCUAGAUUCAUUUAAAGUGGCAUUAUUUGAUUCAGUUAUACUCGCGUCGCUGCUUGAACUAGAAGACAUUGUCACAAACACACUGUAUUCCACUUAGGCCGCACGCAUCUGGCAAAAAUGUGUCAAACACUUUACGUCACAAAAAUACACUCGUUCCAGAUCCUGUGUACAAAUUUUGGAACCGUAGGCGCUAAAUUCAAAUAGUUAAAACCAAAAUAUUUUUUGCCCAAUGCAAUUUUUAGUUGCAUUUUCGGAAUUAGCGAUAUCGAAUUUGUCUAGAAACAAGGGGAAAAUUUUCGAUUCAUAAUACCUUUAAGUUUAACAAAAAUCUCCUUGCCUCAUACCACCUCUCAAAUAAACUUUGACUCGCUUCUCAACGAUCACAAUACAACAGUUCAAGAUAUCAAGAUAAAACUAAAUGAUUUUUGUACAAAGUUUGAUAUAGAUGCCGAUUGGUGUGCUUCCGAGCUCUUGAGUUUUGCUGCAGCAUUCCCGAAAUUCAGGGUACAACUAUUUCAAGAAGUCUAGCCAAGAUAUUGGUGACCUAAGCGAUGAUUAUGAUGAUAGGAUGGGAGACAACAAAAUGAUAGAUCAGGUUCAGGAUGAUAAUUUUGAAAAUAAUGGCGAAUCAGGAGCGACAAACAGAAAGCCAAGUGAAGAAUGUAGCAAGCUGCCAUUCUUUUCUGAUGCCUUACAGCUGCUUUGCCAUACCACAUACCAUCUCAUGGAUGCAUAUCCCACCUUAAUACAUGCUUACGCAAUUGCAGUUGCCAUUCCGAUGAGUUUGUAGUGACCCUGCCUAGGCCUAUUUUCCAUCCUACGCCAUACACUCGUUUCUGCCUAUUCAACACAUUCCACAUAACACGAAAGACAUUUCCCAACAGGCAAUUACGACAUCAUCAUCAUUAAUCACCAUGACGAUCAUCAGCAUCAAAACACUGCUGUUCCCACAUGACAUUACCUCUCCUUUGAUCAUCUGUCGUCACCUUGCCUCUCCCAACCUAUGCAUUGUUUUCCUGGCGUCAUUCAAUUAUAUUUACAACAAUCAGUUUAGUAUAUAUGUAUGUAGAUAGAUUCAUUUAAUUUAGUUACAAUAACCCCAGUUAAAGUCAACACGCGUCUUACUGAAGCUCCUCUGACUCCGUGUUCUCUGCACGUUAAAUAAGACUACAUCAAAGAUCUACGCAUCAACGGAGGGUCGUCACAGAGACACAAGUAUGAUAUGGUAACGCCACUGAACAAAAACUCGCGUUCCUAUAAGUUCUUCAACUGCUGAGCGUUCUUUCUCCACACUUAAAGAGGAAAAAGUCACAUAUUCGCUCAACAAUGGUCCAAUAUCGCUUCGAGGGCUUUUUGAUGAUGGCGUUUGAAAGAAGAAUUUGUCUCUCUAUAGACAAAGACUGGGUCAUUGACAGUUUGGGACGAAGUUCUCCCGAAAUUACAAAAGCUCUUUUAGCAUGAAAUUUUAGACUUGCUUUACUUGAUUUAAAUAUCUCUAUUGGUAUGAACGCUGUUAAUUCAUCUUCAAGUCACUAUCAAAGUUUAUUAUACAAUCGAGAAAGAAUAUUUUUGUUGGUGUGUCUUGACUUACGUAAAGAUUGACACAAUGACACAACGUAUUUGUUUUUUUUUGCAUUGCAUCUUUUAUUUUCAAACAUAGACAUAAAGAAUGCAUUAAACUUCAAAUAUAUCUAUUCGCUUUUGCAAGGAUAUUUUUUGAGUUCUGAAGUCAAUUAUUCUUAUAGAUUCGACGAUUCUAAUGUGACUAUGGACCUGUUAUAAUUAAGCAUCUGUUCUUAUAGACGUCCAAACUUGUUUACUGCAAAAACGAUAAUACGUAAAAUUAGCUAAAAUUCCAGUUUGCAGAGGGGCGGCAUUCUGACCCUUCCCCCCCCCUGCGACCUCAACCCCAGCACGCCAAUGAAGAUGUCAGGUAGACCACCACUGAUGAGCAAAAGCCACUGAUGAGCAAAAGAGACAAGGAAAGGUUUGUUAGGACUUUCAAGAAGAUGCAAGAAAAAAAUGGAAACAUCAGAGUGAUGAAUGUAGCAAAGGAAUGCCAGAUCACACAAGUUAGCCACAGGAUCUGGUAAGAGCUCUACAGGAUGCUGGUUAUAGGUUUCUAAAUUCUAGAAAGAAAGGUAUACUGUCUGCGAGGGAUUGGAGGAAGAGAGUAUCGUAUGCCAGGGAUGCUUUGAAGAAGCAUAGCAGAAGUUUUUGGAAAAAUGAUGUUCUGAUGUAUCUAGAUGGGAUUUUAUUCCAUCACAAACAAAAUCCGUAUAACCAUGCUUUGUGCCAAAGCAGACAGGUGUAGAGAACAAAAAAGAGGGCCUUGUGUUUGCAAGUAAAGGUUGGAAGAAGUUUCCUGGAGGGCAUACGCUACAUAUUUUGGUAGGUGUUUCCUAUUCUGCAGGGGUUGUUGUUGCGGAGGAGUAAGAUAAGAUGAAAUCCUGGUGGUUGGCAAAGUUUGUGCAUGAGACAUUGGACAGCACUCUCAGAGAAUGUGCAGCGAUAAAAAAACUUUUGCUCUUUAUGGACAAUGACCCAAGUCAAAGGAGCAGAUUUGCCAGAGAUGGUUUAGAAAAAGUGGGUGAUCAACUUGUUGAGAUAACACCAAGAUCGCGGACUUGAAUCCUAAUGGAAAUUAAUUUAAUAUUAAAAACUGUAAUUUGCAACAGGAGACAUUAAGAGGAAAAAUCGUGAAAAAGGACUUUCAGACUUUUAAAAGAAAAGUUUUGCUGGCAUUUAGUGACUUUGAUGUAACUGUUAUAGAUAGAACUAUUCGAAGCAUGCAUGAUCGUUUGAGCACUCUAGCCAUAAAUGAUUGAUAUAGAACUACAUACUAAUUCGAACAAACUUAAAAGUGUUUUUUUAUGAAAGUUUCAUGAAACUUGUGUAUCAUGAAAUUUGAACCACAACUUUAAAAUUGUUAGCAGUUCUUCUGAAUUUAUUGCUUAUUGCUUAUCAGCAAAAAUUUUCAAAAAGACCUUUAUAACUGACUUAUUAGUAUUGUUGGUUGAAGUUCUGGAUGACGUCCAUUGCUCACAGAAUUAAAAGUGAUAGAGUUGAAUUGGAUUGCAGAAAUGCUCUUGGCCUUGGUUUACCAUCACGGUUUACCAUUUUCAAAAAGCUUAUAAAAAUAGAAGGUGGCAGGUUUAUUUCGGAAGUUACCCCAAAGCAGGUACAUUACAUCUUACCACAAGACUUAAAAAAUGUAUCUUACCUAAAUCCUGUUCUUAGAUGAAAAAUGGUAAACUGUGGUUAUUUCUUAAAGUUACACUCGAAUAGGAAAAUGCAAGAAUAGUUUUUUUUUCUUUUUUAGAAUGUACAUCAUACUGUAACAUUUUUGGUGCCUGUUGGAACCCUUUUGUAAAGCAAUUAUAUCCAUCGAAUUAUUGAUGGUUUGUUUGUAAAUGGUGUGAAAUUACUAAAUCAAUAAAGUUUGAUUGCAUUGUAAAUGCAGCCCUUAACAAUACGUGUGAAUAACGAUUUGUUGCACAAAGGUAUUUGUGACGUUUUGGUGCCAGUUGAAACUCCUUUGUCAAUAAAUCAUAUCAAGGGACGUGCUAAUAGUCUGUUGAUUUUGACUGCAUUGUAACUGCAGCGUUUGUCAAUGAGACGGUAAACUAAGCAAUUGUUUACUGAAAAACCUUCAAUUAUAAGACAACAGUUCUUUAUCUUUUUCACACCAUAAAUAACACUGGUUUAGAUAAAGGAUUUCCAAUAUUUUAACUAGACUUGCGCAGUGACAGGUCAUUAAUCCAAGUGAAUUAAAGAUCGUUUGUAAAUUUAAUUUUUUGCAAGAAGGUUGAUGGCAAAGAAAGACAACUUUUUCAUAAAUAAAUGUUUCAACGGAAAGGAAAUAUUCCAGUGCCUUAUUUUUCACAUUAAAAGGGCUUCAAAGCAGAGAAUCCAUCAACAUCUUUAUGACAUUCGUGACAAAGUAAGUUGUUUAUAUUGAAAUUGCUCAAUUUUGUUGAAAUCAAAGACUUGAAGUUGUUUCUGUAAUAGAAGAGACUCUGUAUUCAUAUCCCUUUGUCAGCUAUGCCCCAUAUUGAAAGUUGUAUAAUCUUUUAUUUAUAACUCUACUUAUAUUUAUAGUAGUCACAGAUAUAACAAUUGUAUACAUGAAAAUGGCUUUGAAAAAAGCAAACAUUUUACAACAUACUUAAAGCUUUUUCGUCUGACACUCCUCAGAGCAUAAAACGUCAGAAUAGGUUCCGAAAAAACACGAUUGAAAAAUAUAUACCCAGUUGUGGAUCGAAAUAGGCCAAUCAGAAAAACGCAAGCAUAAGACCGGUAUAGUUGACCAAUCAGUGCCGCGAGCGUAAAGAAAAAUUAGCAAUGAAGUCCAAGAGAGAAAAAUUGUUCAAAUUGUAUACAUAGUAUUUUUCAAUAAAAAACAAGUUUUGUUGAUUGCUACAAUCCUGGACAAAAGUUAGGAGACAUUUGCUGUUAUAAUCAGUUAUUGCAAAAGCACCCAACCCCCUGCCCCCAAUAUCAAUGUUGAUGUUGAUUUUUUAGGAUUUCUGGCUUCCACAAUCAACUGCCAUUACCUACCACCAACAUUGACAUUGGGGGGUGGGGCAUGCCACUGGUUUGAGGGCAAUUACGCAGAAAAUCACUUAAAAAGUAAUUGUCUAAUAACCUUUUGUCCAGGAUUGUAGUUGUAAAUUCAACUUUGUAGAUAAAAUUUUGAACUUACAGUGCCCUUCACCAACUUGUUUAGGUAACAUUAAAAUAAUGCAUGUCAAGUCAUUGAUUAAUUUAUCUUCUUCAUGAUCAGGUCCAAUAAAGAAACAACGAAAGUUGUAUGAAGUUGAUGAAAGGAUUCCAGUGCCGAAGACAACUCAGUGGAGAAUAAGAGCAAAGUUGGCUUCAAGGUUAAUUCCAGUAGAAGAAGAUGAAAAAUCACUUCAAGAAUUCCCUGAGCAUGUUGGCAAGACAAGCGAUCACAUGCUGCCAGUUGUUUUUUGUGAUCAGGAAGACGAUCCAUGUUUAACAGAAACGUCCGGAUCAGAUGACUCCUCUACCUCUCUUUCCUGCACUGCAGAUGAAAGUGAUGAUGAGUUAUCUAUGGGCAGUGUUUCAGAGGAAAAAACAAACCAAGAAACAAGCCAACUACAAUCUGUGGCCAUUGCAUCAUAUUCCAUGAGACAUAGAUUAACUUAUAGAUUAACUUGCUCUGCAACAGAAGACUUGCUUAAGCUGAUCAAUGCACUUUGCCCAGAGACUUUAUCAAGACUGUCACUUGGAGAAAUUACUGGGAUUGGAGAACUUAUCAAAGUGAACAUUUUUCACCACUGUGAGAUUUAUGGAAACACAUUUCCUGAAAGUAAGGAUAUCUUUGAAUGUACCACAGAAGAGUGCAAUGGCUUGCGCUACAAAGGUAGGAGAAAUCAGCAAACACAUCCUGCAAGAUUGGCUCGAUUAAGUUUUCUGAUUGGGGAUGUCAAGAGCCAGCUUGCCUCCAUUCUUCAACAAAGGGUAUGUGGGAGAAAGUGAUUUUGCAAAAAGAAAAAGCAUGCAAUGGAGACACACCUUACCUAAAUGAUUUAGUAUUCGAAAAGGGAUACCAGAUGAAACAAUUGGACCAUUAGCCUUAGGUUUUUUGUCUUGAUUUGAUUACUCAAAAAUGG